UUCCGCAGUCAGCAAUGUAGAAACCCUCGGAAAGCAGAAAGAAAAGUCUCCUUUCCACCACCUCACUCCACUCCACGCCUACGCCGGCGCUCGAUCCAUGGGGGGCGCGAGCAACAGCAUAACGGCGUGCAUCAACUUCCUGGCCCUCCUCUGCACGAUCCCCAUCGUCAUCACGGGCAUCUGGCUCGCGUCCUCCAAGCAAGGCGGCGAAGAGUGCGCGCGGCUGCAGGCGCGCUGGCCCGUGGCCAUCCUGGGCGGGCUCCUCUUCCUCGUCGCCGUCGCCGGGUUCGCGGGCGCCUACUGGAACCGGAAGGGCCUCCUGGCCGCCUACCUCUUCGCCAUGGGCGGCCUCAUCACGCUCCUCCUCGCGCUCCUCGUCUUCGCCUUCGCCGUCACCCGCGGCUCCGGCGCCUACGAGGUGCCCGGACGCGCGUAUCAAGAGUACCGGCUCGAGGGGUUCUCGGCGUGGCUGCGUGGUUAUGUACUAGAUGGAGAGGGAGACCCGCGGCGGUGGGGAAGGAUCAGGGCUUGCCUUGCGGCGUCGGACACUUGCAGGAAGCUCGCCGGGGAGAGGGGGAGCGCCUUCUUCGUCGCGCCGCAGCAGUUCUACCAGUCGGACCUCUCGCCGCUCCAGUCCGGGUGCUGCAAGCCGCCGACGGCGUGCGGGUACGCGUACGUGGCCCCGACGGCGUGGACGAGCCCGGCGGCGAGCCCCGGCGGCGGCGCGGACGCGGCCGCGGACUGCGGCCUGUGGAGCAACGACCCGGGGCAGCUCUGCUACGGGUGCGCGUCGUGCAGGGCCGGCAUGCUGGGCGCGCUCCGCGAGCAGUGGCGCCGGGCCAGCGCCGCCCUCGUGGCCGCCGCCGUGGCGCUCAUCGUCGUCUACGUCAUCGGCUGCAGCGCCUUCAAGAACGCCCACACCGAGGACCUCUUCCGCCGCUACAAGUGGCCCAACAACACCUGAAGCCCGAAUACUGAAUGAAUCGUUCUUCCCUGUUGGUUGCCAAUUGCGCUAAUUGCAGUAGUGUCCGGCUUGUGAAUUACUAUGGCUGCGUGCUUGUGCAUGCGUGUAAUGGGGUUGGGCAUUCUCUUUCGAGUUUCAGGUCUCGGUCAAUGCGGUGAAGGUGUUUUUUUGUUCUUGCCUCCAAGUUUACGGUCCAAUUGCAACAUACUGCUCACUCUGGUCCUAAAUUCUUGCCUUAAAUUGAUCACAUAUAGAUGUAUCUAUUCUUAAAAAAAUCUAAAUACAUGUAAUGUUUCGACAA